UGGAGAGACCCAGUGUAACAAACAGAGUAUCCUGCAGGGACAACAAGAUAUUCCGCUUUCGGAAGAAGGGUUGAAGCAAGCUGCUCUGCUUGGUAGAAGACUACAGAGUCAAAAGUACACGCAUUGCUUUGUUAGUGAUCUCACUAGAGCACUACAGACAGCUAAGCAGAUAGUAUCUAAAAGUAAAACAUGUCAAAGUGUUCCACUGACAAAGGAUCCAAGAUUGAGAGAACGGAAAUAUGGGGAUAUAGAAGGAAAACCAAUUCAGGAACUACGCAAAGCUGCCAAAAGACAAAAAGUCUCUAUACGAGACUAUAAUCCCCCUGGUGCUGAAACUAUUCAUCAGGUAAGACAGAGAGCUGUAGUAUUCUUCCAGGAACUGUGCCAACUUGUCGUCGGUAGAAAACUUGAAAACUUGUCUACACCAAGUAAUGGCAAUACAAAUAGGACGCUUCAGCCGCCGGGUACUGCUGAUGGGUGUAGCAAUUUUCUCUAUCAUGUUGAUCCAAAUGGACGAGCAGAUAUGCACGCAGCUUCACAAGGGAAUGCAGCUGCGACUGUACUUGUGCCAAGUGGGGGGAAACCUUUACAGGUGCAUGUGAGAUCUAAUCACAAUACUCAGGGAAAUGAUUCAGAAUCUGAUUUAGAAGAUUCUACUCAAAACUUUAAUCGUGAAAGAGACAAUACUGAAAGUGUUGAUGCUAGUCAGGUCACCUCAAAAACGACGCAAGUUGAUGUGGAUACCAGUCAAAUCACUGCAAAUGUUGCGCUGACAGACUCUGUGAAAAUAAAAGAUGGACAGGACAAUGAGGAUGUUGGUUUAGAGGGUUCAUUAAAAUUGAAUAAACAGGAGAGUGUUAAAGGUGGCAGUGCCAUCCCGAUGAAAACCACGUGUUCAUUUCUCGAAAGAUCUGCAGGGAAACAAAUCCCAUGUGACAAUACCAAGCCUGGCAUAUCAACUCCUACAAGUGUAUAUGUUCCUAGUAAUACCUUUGGCAAUGAGUUGGUCGACUCUGAUUACAGACGUCAUGGCAUGUACAGACGAGAGCGAACAUUGAGUGCGUCGUCUGAGGGUCGAAGCGACGGUGCUAUCAAGAGGGCAAAGGUCACAAGUGAUGAUGAGGAUAAGGAUGAUAAUAGAACUAAAUUUGUAAUUGAAGAUUCAGACGAUGAAAAUGUGGUGCUUGAUAAUGAAGUCUAUAAAGACAUCACACCCAAUGUUGUCAUCACUCCUAAUUCAAAUCAACCUGUGGUCAUGAAACGAUGCGAUUCGGACCCAGUCUUAGAUCUCGGCGAUGACGUCUUGCUAACAGCUGAUAUCCUAGUUGUCAGCCAUGGUGGAUUUCUUCGUGAAUUGAUUCGUCAUUUUAUUUAUGAUCUGGAAUGUAACAUCCCUGGUGGAAAUGGAUUUGCCCUGUCUGUCAUUCCAAACACUGCAGUGUCGAAAUUCACUGUUUCUUUUGCCCAGAAUGAAGAGCGGCCGCGUCUGACAUGUCUGUUUAUUCAUGACAAGGAACAUUUGCACUGUGCUAACUACAAGAAUACCAGGCCUGUGUCUUAAACGUUGUAGGAAGAUAUAAAUUCAGUAUAAUAAUCUGUUUUCACUUGUAUAAACAAUCAAAAUAUAGAUGCAAAAAGUUAUAAAUUAUGUAGCACAAUAUAUUAUUGAAACCCUUGAGUUGGACUAUUGAGCCUUUGGUACUAAAUAGGUGUUUCUGUUCUCCCUGUUCUGACCAUUUCCUAUGAAAUUAUACGCACAAUUACACCCCAUCCCCGGGUAAUAACUUGCAUUUCAUUCGUUCAGUUGGGCUUGACUUUUGAGAGGCCAUCCAGUUUCAAAGCCAAAUUUUAUAAAACUGCCCUAGCAUUGUAGUAUUACACAGAAAAAAUCUGUAUUUCUCGAACAGCAUCGACAACGCAAAAGUUGCCUGUCAUUCACUUCUGUAUGAAUUUCAAAAUCCUCAUUUGAAUAUAAUUCAGUUCUCCUGCCUUGAACAAUGUAGUGAACUACAAGCCCAAGGUUUGGGUCUUGCAGGGAAACAAUUGGAUACAGUUAUUUAGCAUCAAUUACGGCUCCUGCCAAAUUCAGUCCAGCCCAACUCCCCUUUCAAAUUAUUACGUUUCCAGAUUUUAUAUAUUGUCAAAAAGUUGGUUUAAUUAUUACUCAUGUCCAAGAUUUUGUUGUCAGUGUGUGUGUGGGGAGGGGGGCAUGUCUUCACAUGUAGGUCUGUUUUAAUCUUGUUAAUGGGUCCGUGCGUUGACUUUUUUUCCCUAGCUCUGUUGUACACUGCAGUAUGUUCAACUGGAUAUCUCCAUACAUUAUUGCCUUUAGCUCGCCCACAAAUAUUAGAAUCAAUAUG